CUCUUGUCAAUUCGCCUUUGACAGAACACGCGAUGAGGAUCUAACAGAGUCAAUCCCGUUUUCCGAUCUAUACCACCUUUCCGUACCGUGAUCGGCAUCACUAUGCCUGUUUCUGGCCUAAACAGACCUGCGGAAAAUGUCAUCGAAAUCGACGAGGCCAUGCAUCACCGACAACCAGAUUAGAUGCGCACGCUCGGAUUCAAAUACAAAUCCACUGUGAUGGUGUACUAACUCGCACGAUAUCGUUCGUCAAGGAUGACCUGGGGUCCCAUACAGAACGAGCUUCGACCUCGGCGAAUGUUAAAUCCAGAACAAUUUGACACUGCGACUUGACAGCUUUGACAGACCCCUUCUGCACUCUCUAUGACCGGCACCCCUCUCCACCAUUGCUGUUCCUGCAUCUGCAUGCAAUCUCCCUUUCCCGCGAUGUGUGACCUCGCCCGAUACUCCUGAAGCACUCCAACAGUGACGGUAACCUCACCAGUCAACCCAUCAAGUUGUACCGAUGAGCUGCCCGUCGCAAGCUAACAGCGGCUGGAGCUACGAUGCGAGCCUGGGACUCCUAUCAACGUCGGUCUGCUAACCGCUUGGCUUUGUUAUAGACUGGAUCUCCAAUGGGAGGUUCUCUCUUCACACCUUCUCAGUCGUCGCUCUGUCAUCAAAUCCGAUAUAACCACCACCAUGUCCGCAUGGUCAACUUGACCACGCUACCUAUCAACUACAAUCUACCUGGUAAAGUGAGAAUUGCGCACACCGUCCGAAUCCUUGAGCAUACUGGGUGGUGCCGCAGCUCGGGCACGUCCAUGAUCUGGGCAUGACAGUCGUCGUGACAGCACUCCAUCUAUGCUGUCUAAUCUCCCUCGACUACCCGUCACCAGCCCAUCAACAAACCCAUUGUUGACCAUGGCGUGCCUCUUGGUAUACGGGGCCUGCUGGAAACCUGGGAAACAUAUACCUCGCUUCUGCCCACAACUCCUCCUCGACCCUCAAGGAGUCCCUAUUUACACUUUCCUUCGCAGCACAGACACUCUCACCAUAGUCGCUCUCUACCUUGCGCUGAUAUUCUUUUCUUUCGCGCGCGUCGCCGUUCUCCUCCUUUCUCGAAACAUCAAGAAAUCGCAAUUGAAUACUGCUUGCCACAAUGAAGGUCUCUACCAAAGCGCUAGGUUUUCUAGCGACUGCUGGAUCAGCUGCGGCAUCCUGGACGGAUUGGUGGGAUCCUGAUACGACAGUUACCGCCACCUUGACGAGAACUACUGCCUACUGCCCUUGCAAUGGCGAAGUCAAAAUCACACCGGUCGGCCCUGAGUCGACAAAUGUGGCCGUCUACACAACUAUCACAAAUGCAGUUGGUCCUAUCUUCACUUCAACCACCACUACAGUCCCUGGAAAGACCAUCACCAAAGCUGGUCCGGUUGUUGUAGUGUUCGAAACUGGAGGUUCCAUGACAACCAAGACGGGCAUGGCAAUUGAGCUCAUCGUCCCACCUACGGACGAUGGAGGCUCAACCACAUACGUGACCAAGACUGUAUGGACCGGAGCACAACCCACCAACGAUCUGGCCUGGGUGGACUGGAACGAUGACGAUGCCGUGGACGGUGCUACGUUGACUAGAACACACACGGCAGUGACCACGGUCUACGAGCCUGAGAGUGCAUUCCCUACUCAGACUGACGACGCAUCAUGGUCAGAUUGGGCUGCCACGACCAACACUCACACAACCUAUACAAACUUGACCGUAACUGUCAGCCCCACACAAGGCAGCACCAGCAGCAGCGGUGUUGGGCCAAUCUCAGGCUCGACAAGCACCACUAGCUGGUACCACAGCUCUUGGACCACUUCAUCGACAUCGUCAACAAGCAGCAGCGGAGUCGGACCUAUCGGUGCUUCCACAAGCACCUCCUUAAGCACCUCUGCCUCUAGCACUUCAAGCAGCAGCAAUGUCGGCCCAAUUGGCGCUUCUACCUCAACCAGCUCGAGCACGUCGACUACCUCAGCUGCCGCCAGCACCAGCACCACUGUUGCUACCACAACAACUGCUGUCACCACAAGUACUACCUCAGUGGCUGCCAGUUCAUCUACUACGUCGACAACCACGACCACUACGACAACGACCACCACUACAGCGAAUGGAAGACUCCCCACUGUCACCGACGAUGUCCGCAAUGAUGACUACCAAACCGCUAUUCUCGAAGCCCACAAUGUCCAUCGUGCCAACCACUCCGCUGCUGAUCUGACCUGGAACACCCAGAUGGCCACAUACGCUGCUGAGACCGCCGCCAAGUGUGUCUAUGGACACGAUCUUACCCCCGGUGGCGGUGGCUACGGCCAAAACAUCGGCGCCGGCUAUCAAAGCUACCAAGUUGCCGCUAUGAUCGGUAACGACAUGUACAACGGUGAAAUGCCAAACUAUCCUACUCCCUAUGGCCUCGACAACCCGGACACCAGCAACUUCGGCGCAUGGGGCCACUUCUCGCAGAUCGUGUGGAAGGGAACUACCGGCGUUGGCUGCGCGACCUCAUACUGUGCUACCCUGCAAGGUGCCACGUUCACCAACUACUUCACCGUUUGCAACUACUACCCACCUGGAAACAUUGGUGGCGCAUACUCGAACGUUGGCGCUCCUCUGGGCCACGAUGUCGUCGUUAUGCUGACCAACUAAAUGAUGCUUCAUGGCUUUCUUUCGCUUCUGUGGUGUUGGAUUUUGGAGGGAUGUUGUAAUGUAGACAACCAGUUGGGUAGAAUUGUAUGGCAUAGCAUGGGCAUGGUAUUUGAUCCAACCUGGUCAGAACGUCAUGAUGUUGCAGGGGAACCCCGGAACCCACGUUCUCCCCGGAUGAGGACCCAAGGAAGGAUGACGCCGGAACACGAAUUUACUGGUUUAUGUAGUUUAUAGCAAAUGUCAAUCGACAUGGCGAGACAUAUAAUCGUCAUAAUGAACCUCA